CAUGGGGCCCCCGCGCCGGCCGCAGCGGCGGGGCCGACCCGCGCCGGGGCGCUGAGGGCCGCGGCCACGGCGGGGAUGCGGCCACGAGACCCGCGCCGCCCGCGGGCCGUGCCGGCGCCGCCGCCGCCGCUCAGGAUCCAGCAAGAGUAGAGAAGACAGCACAUUACCUAAGAUGUGAGAAGUCCUCCCGUAGUGAGAUCAACCCUUGUUUCCAAAAUGGACCGGAGUAAGCGGAAUUCCAUCGCGGGAUUUCCACCACGCCUGGAGCGCACGGAAGACUUCGAGGGUGGCACUGGAGAAGGGACUGCAUCCCAGAUAGGAAGAGUUUGUACCUCUUCAUACAGAGCCCUGAUAAGUGCCUUUUCCAGACUUACUCGUCUCGAUGACUUCACAUGUGAGAAAAUCGGCUCUGGUUUCUUCUCUGAGGUGUUCAAGGUAAGGCACAGAACUUCAGACCAGGUGAUGGCUUUGAAGAUGAACACACUGAACAGCAACAGAGCAAACAUGCUGAAAGAGGUUCAACUUAUGAAUAGACUCUCACAUCCAAACAUCUUAAGGUUUAUGGGUGUCUGUGUGCAUAAAGGACAGCUGCACGCUCUUACUGAGUACAUCAAUUGUGGUAACCUGGAACAGCUCUUAGACAGUAACCAGCAUCUGCCCUGGACAGUGAGGGUGAAACUGGCUUAUGACAUUGCUAUGGGGAUCAGUUAUCUUCACUAUAAAGGCAUUUUCCACCGAGACCUUACAUCCAAGAACUGCUUAAUAAAACACGAUGAGAAUGGAUACUCAGCAAUAGUGGGAGACUUUGGUUUAGCAGAGAAAAUUCCUGAUCACAGUGAGAAGUUACCAGUGGUGGGUUCACCCUUCUGGAUGGCACCAGAAGUUCUCAGAGAUGAACCCUACAAUGAAAAGGCAGAUGUGUUCUCCUAUGGCAUAAUUCUGUGUGAGAUCAUAGCAAGAAUACAGGCAGAUCCAGACUAUCUCCCUCGCACAGAGAAUUUUGGAUUAGAUUAUGAUUCCUUCCAGCACAUGGUGGGAGAUUGUCCUCCUGACUUCCUGCAGCUGGCCUUCAACUGCUGUAAUAUGGAUCCAAAGUUGCGUCCUUCAUUUGCUGAUAUUGUCAAAACACUGGAGGAGAUGUUAAACCGCCUGAGAAAUGAGGACUCGGAGCGAGAGAGAAAGUUCUUGAACCUUGACAACAGUGAGAGGAAACCAAAAGGAUCAAUUGAGAAAGGACCAGGAGUGAAACGUUUGAGUUCCUUGGAUGACAAGAUCCCACCCAAGUCACCCCGUCCACGUCGGAAUAUCUGGCUGUCGCGCAGCCAGUCGGAUAUCUUCUCCCGCAAGCCUUCCAGGAAGAUAAACGUGCAGGACCCCUACUAUACACCAAACAAAGGCUUAGGCCGGAAAGUGAACCCCUUCAGUGCCCGGGAGGACCUCAAGGGGGGGAAGAUCAAGUUCUUUGACAUGCCAAGCAAGUCUGUGAUUUCCCUCGUGUUUGACUUGUACUCUCCAGAGGCAGGCGGGGGGCUGAAAGCCAGCCAGUCCCACUUCCGGCAGGCAUACAGCGCGGACUGGCAGGAAUUUUCCCUGCUUCCUGGGAGGAGAUGCAGAUCGCUCCCACUCUCUCCUGAAUUACCACACAAGGAAUAUGGCCUGUUUGGAGGACUGUCCUCAACCGUUGGCAGGUGCGACCCAGCCCAGCUUGGCGCGGAGGUUCGGCAGAAACUCCUGAGUAGCAGCAAAUACGGUGUGUCAGAGAUCCCCCCCUUUCACGCCAAGCCUCACAGACCAGAAUUUCUUCUUGCACCAGGACAAGAGGAGGAUAUGGACUGUUCAGAUGGGCCGGUGGCCCAGGAGGAAAAUGGGUUUUGCCUUGUUGAGAACACGUGUGGAGCUCCAGCGCGUAACCAACCAUUAGUGCUGGCCCAGCCUGAGCCUCUAUCUUACAAAAAGCUCCCAGUUGAGAGUUCAGUGAACUCUGAGGGACAUGGCUCCUCACAGGUGUUUGCAGGUUGUCUCCCUUCUGAAGAGAUGGAGGUGGAAGAUGAUCUACUGAAAAUUACUCUGUUAGAGUCCACAAAGCCUCUGUUCAGCGUUAGUCCUUCCAACGAGCUGAAGAGAGAGGCGUGGCCCUUCAGGGAACAGGAUGGGGACAGUCCUGCCCUGUUGCCUCAGACCUCCUCCAACAUCUCAGCAAGUGGCAGCACAGAGUCAACUUGUGACAUAUGAAGAGAGGGCUCAAACUGAACAUGUCCUUGAGCAAAGAGUUGUUCCCAGUUGCUUAAACUCUAUUUUUCUCUAGUGCCGGGUCUCACAUUUGAAGGAGACUCAGCAGAUGGUGGGAGCUACCUGUCAAACAGAUUGCUGCAGACAGUGUCUGGAGAGACUGAUUAUUUUAUAAAACUUUAUUUCAAACUGUGCUUAUUCCCGUUCCUGAUUUACAUUAGGAGGGGGAACUACUCCAGCCAGAAUGGCCAUGUGAGCCCCACAGCCUUUCUAAGAGGCAGCAGCCAGAGCAGGCACCGCAUAAACAGUUUGACCUGGAUUUCCAGCCUGGAGUAUUUCAAGGCCUUAAGCUCCAUGUAGAGUAGAAAGAAUGACCCUUAGGUUUUCCCUCUUUCUCCGACUGACCAGCAGCUCUAAGCCACUGCAGAUUUUUUCAUUAACAUUCUGCAGCAGUGCACGUGAGUCGGAGCCUCUGUUUUAGAAACAGGCACAGAGGUCUUUCAGAGCUCUGUUGAGCAGAUAGGAAUGCUCUCUGGUUCCAGAGCUGCUGUGAAUGCUGUUGCAGCAUUAAACAAGCUCUUCUUUCAAAAGCAGCAAAAACAAAACCCCUCAUGCUGGUCACAAUCUGCAGGCCGAGUCACAUGACAAAUACUUUGCAAUUAAGAAGAAGAAUCUGUUCCCUGGGAUUUGGUAAUGGUGUUUAAUGCAUUAGUGCAGGGAAGCUCUCUUCCUUGUACAGCUCUUCGUGUACCUCAGCCCAAACGUGGAGGAAGAUUUGCCCAGGGCACAGAGAGCCGUAUUCCAGGCAUUGUGAUUUCUGGGCUUCUGAAGAAACUGCCCCUAAGAGUAACAGUUGUACUGAGCUCUUUUGGGGGGGGUGGGUGUGCUCUUAUCUCUGAAUAGCUGAAUGAACAUCAUGAUCUGUUUCUGCAGAAUCUUUAAAUACAAUAGCUACAUCACAGUUGACUAUUACCACUAAGCUAGCAGGGUCACAUUCACCUCCCUCUCUGGUAUGACAUCCCAUCUCACUGAUUCCACUGCAGUAAUGAUGGCUCCUCACUUAAAACCAGCUGCUUGACAGAGGACAGUGAUGCCCUGCUCAGGGGAAGUUGCCAGCAGUGUUGUGGCCACACAAGUGCUCUUAGAGAGGAUGACUCACAGGAGGGCUUUGAAUUGUCAAACUAAAGAAAAUCAGCUUGUCCCAAAUUAACUGGUUUUUUUCCCCCUACAGAAAGAAGCUGCUGUCCUUUUUUGGCUUCUACUAUCACUGAAUAGCAUGAUCUUUUUAUUUUUUUGAUCUUUUUUUUUGUUUUUACUUCCCUUCACCAGCAGGUACAUGUGAAAGAAGCAGCAACCUGAGCUUUAAUGCUGCAUCGGUGAUCCCCGCUCUGGGGCGCGAUGCACGGGGAAAGCUUGUUCUGUGACCACGUCUGUGCACCAUCCUGCCCUUUUCCACUACCACCGUCCCAACAAUAUGGGAUUUUAUUUUAUGGGUUUUAUUUUAACCUAUAUUAUCAUUCCUAAGUGAGGUGUGCAUUGCAUGCCUGCUGAGCAGAUGGUGGUGCAGCGGAGUCCAGAAUUUCAUCCAGGUAGCCUGUUACACUCUCUCUCUUCCUGCUCUCUUGUACGGAUAGAUAAUGUAAGCUAGGCUCUGAUGGAAGCCAGACUAUUUCUACUCUUCUCCCAUCUCAAAAGACAGGAUGGAGAAAGCCUUAGUUCUUUAUCUUUCCAGAGGUGUAGGUAAUUAUUCCAUGAGUUACAAUUAUGACUCUCUCUUGUGAAGCGUGUGUUAACCUGAGCAGCAGUUCUCCCUUUGCAGUGGCUGCAGUGAAUUCAAUGACAAACCCAGUGUUGCUGAGUUACUUAGCACAGUCCAUCCAGAUCAGGCAGCUGUUGGCAGUUUGAAAAUGCCUGUGCUCACUAAGAUCACCCCUUUUGGCCCACACCUCUCUGCCUCUUGAAGGUGCUGAUCUGUAGAGUAGUCUGGAUUCUGUAUCGUGUCUGCAGAGUGCAGACCAGCUUGUACAGCUGGCACUGUGUUGUGUGUAACUUCCUUUGAGGACAGAGAAACAGCAGAACUCGAUUGCCAGAGUUGCCUGCCUUAUGCCUGCUUGCUUUUUCUUUCUCUUUUUUUUUCUUUUUUUUUUUUUUCUUUUUUUUUUACUACUUUGAUACAAUUGUAAUCUUCUGGGAGGGAAACCCUCAGCACCAGCUUCUGUUGUCACAAGAUGCAUUUAGGCGUGUGACAUCAGACAAAAAAAAAAAAAAAAAGGCAAUAAUGAGUAGUUUACUUUUGGAUCACCAGGCUGAGGGAAGCUGCCCAGCAUCCCAGAGCAGCCUGCAGCCUCAGCAGAGAGCACACGCACACCUCUGGCUGCCCUGUGGCUCCUGGGAGCCCUGGCUGUCAGCUCACACCUCAUCAUGAAGCCUGUUGCCUUCUGUGGCACCCAUUGCAGUGACCUCAUCCCUUCUCUUACACCGUUCUUAACGAUGUUUCCCUGCCCUGAGCAGCUCUUACAAAGCAGCAUGGCUAAAGGUUUAUUUUCUUAAAUGUCCGCUCUAAGCACAACCAGCUGACACGCACUGGGCACGUCUGUCGACCUUUCUGGCUCUUUGUACUGAGGUGGAGAUGUCAGAAAGGCCAAGGGCUAGCAGCUCAGGCCUUUCCUGGAUUCUUGGUCUGCAUGGGAAGGGGCACGUGUACAAAACUGGAGUAAGAAGUAAUUUUUAAGAAUAGCGGAGUGGUUGCUGAAACCCAGCGUUUCCAAGGGUGUGGAUGCGGUUGGAUCUCGCUGCAUCUCACCCCUUAGGUUGUGUAAAGCUGAAUCUAGGUUGCACCUGGUAACUGCUCCUAGGUUUUCUGCCUACCUGAGGUUGCUUUUUGUCAGAGGAGGCCGUUUUCUGACAGCUGCUGAUGAACACGAAUUUGAACACGUGGUUGGCAAACUCCUUGUUUUACAGAGUUUUAUUGCGCUUGGAUUUUACCGUGAUUUUGACUCCACGGGAGCCCGGUGUUUUAAAUUCACUUUAAAUCUUUCUGUAUUGAAUUCAUUGAGAUGUCUGUUAUAAGCUAUUUUCGUUGUGGUUGCAGGUUGAUGAAACGCAGCCCAGAGAGUGCAUGUGAAUUGCUGCCCUUCCAAAGCAGCUCAGCCAAGGGGCUGCAGCAGACUCGUACUUGUUGGAGAGGCAUUGACGUAUUAUGUGUAACAGAACAUUGGUAUUUUUUGCCAGUACAACUAAAGACACUUGAAUAAUUCCUGUUUGCACUUAAUGCUAUUGUUUAUAUUGCAUGUCACUACAUUUCUAUGCAAAACAAAUAACCUUUUGGUUUGGAUUUUUUUUUUCUUUUUUUUUGGGGAGGAGGGGCAGCCAGAUAUUUGAUUAAGUAUAAAGACCUUUGCGAGAUGAUCUAUUUUCGUAUUUAUGAAGGAGUUUUACGUCUUAAUAUUUUGCAGUCUGUAAAUAGCUCAACUUGUAAUUAAAGGCUUAGGAAGAGGUUUGUAGCCUGUGUAUAAUAGUAAGUUAACACUGCCAGAAAAAGAAAUCUUUGCGAAACAACUUUUCUAAUAUUGCGGAUAUUUAUGAAUAUGUAAAGAAAGCACGUCUUGUUUUUAUGUUGAUUGACCUUCUGACUUUUUUGAACUAUAGAAAUGGUGUAUGUUUUAUUGGAACUGCAAUAAGAAGUAACCAAAGAUGAAUCCAGUUAAAUAUUUUCAUAAUUUUUUUCUUGGUCAGGUUUUGUAAACUUUCCCAACUUGCUUUCAAAAUAAAAAUGAAAUCAAGGCCUGAGUCUUGUCAUUAAGAGGACAAUUCUAGAUUGAAAAAGCUGGCUUGAAUGCUUAAAUAAGCUGUGAAUGCCAUUAAUACCUGGCUUGAAAUUGUACUUGCUAUUACUCAGUGCUGAAUUAUAAACAAGGAAUCAUCCUUA